ACACAUAUCGUUCACUGAUCGUUGCGUGAAUCAUCUUGCGAGAGUAAAUAAGGAAAGGCGGAAAAGCUGCAUACCGGUGCGGAGAAGAUUAGGAUUUACGAAACGUUGCGCAAUCACUUGUCCGACUUGAACUAAUCUUAAACUGAGUACAACGGAAUGUAUAAGAUACUCUGUGUAUAAAUAUCGCGUUACAAUAUUUCAGUGCGUGCGAGUGACGUUUAACUUUUAUAUUAGUUACAUGCGGGCGUGAGAAGAGAAGUUGCCUUCGCGCGACUGGCGAUCUUCCGUUUUUUGUCGCAUACUUCGGCUCGCAUCACGUACUUCCGCGCAUCGUGCAUUUCGGAAACGGAUCGCAUCAAAAUUUGCAGUAAUCGCAUCUUCCGAGUGAAAAAAUCCCGUUACCAGGGACACGUCAAAAGUAUCGAUCCCGGAUCAAUCUGAUCUUCGACCGACACAAAUGAAACAAACAAGAUAAUUAUUUGUAUUCGCCCCCGGAGCGAUGGUUUCGCCGGAUAACGCGAGAGAAUAACAAACAGCGAGGGUUUACAAACAUUAUUUGCGAAAUAUUUAUAUACCGCGUAUAUCGAGAUAUCUUUCGUUCGCGUUCGUUGGUCUUCAAGCGGUACGGGAUAAUGCACGAAAUGCAAAGUGAUCUGCAGAUACCGUAUCUGCGCGCGAUUCAAGCGGUACCAGGCAAUACCGCCAGUCAGAAGCUAUGUUGGAUUGGAAAAUUAACUUCGUACCAGGCCAGCGGGGAUCCCGACCAACUUCCACAGGAAUUGCUGCCUAUACUGCGAGUGGAAAUCGCGGUGAACAAGAAGAAAUACGAGGAUAUAACGUCCGCCCUUAAAUCCGAGGAUUGGACAAUAGUGAAUCGUGCUCUUAAGGCCGCUUGGUUCUUCGAUGGCAGCCACAAGAGUAUUGUCAACGCCGAGUACUUUUGUGAACAUGUCUUCCCUUACGUCUCUAUGAACACGAGGGCACGUAUCGUGACCACACUCGCAAAUCGAUUGGCUGAUCCGGAGUUGGCGCAGCAAUUGUUCACGAAAAUAGCAUCUAUUUACGGUAUUUAUAACGCUUAUCCGCUGAUCGUGGCUUGCGACGAGGCUUUCGUUUAUAAAACCGUCGAGCAGCAAAAGGUCGUGCUGCCAGUUGGGACUGUUAAAAAGAUUUUCCGUAAGAAUCCGGAUCUUAUCGUGCGUUAUCUCAAAUUAUUAAAACCCGUGAAUGCGACCGAACGCGCUCCUUUCCCGGUCGAUAUCGAUAAAUACAAGUUUUUACUGCCCAAAUUAGUGAAAAAGCGACCGGAUGCUUUCGCAGAACUGCUCGAGAUGCACGAAGCUAAUCCGCUGAAAAUUACUUUGAGUAACUCAUGCGCCGAGAUAUUCUUGAAAAAAGGACAGCGAUACUUGAAUAAAAAACCGCAUUUGUACAUCGAUAUCUUACCGCUCAGAAAGAUCAGCAUAGAACUAAUGGAAAGUAUAUUUAUGGGUCUAUUGCCCGCGAAAAGUUCUUGCUUCGACACAGAUCUCAUUCUCAAGUACUUACAAUACUAUCCACAAAAUGAAAGAUACAAACUGCUCCGUGAAUCCUACAUGGCAAAAUACGGUACUGAACUUCUCGACGAGGACAAAAAUAUAACGCCCGCGUUGUUGCGAAUAUUACCUGCCAAAGAACGGAUCGAGCAAGCUAGAAUUAGGCUCGAGAAGGAGAAAUUGGGAGAAAUCCAGAAUAACAACAUAAUAAAGAAAUACGAGAGAGCUUGGAUCUGUUAUUUACCCGUUAACGAAGGGAUACCGGUUAUUAAGGAAAAAAUAAGUAAAGCUUCAGUUGAUGUAGAUCGACUUGAUCUCAUUUUCCAAAUGUUUUACGCUUGCAAGAUCAACGAGAAUGAUGAUGCGUUAACCGACAGUUUGAAAUAUUUCUUAAACAGGCAUAAAAACGAGGAGUUUAUGGUAUUCCAACGAACAAUGGAUCAUCUUUUACUAUUAUACGAUAUACCUCAUUUAAACGAGAAUCAGAACUCCCUUCUGUUCGACAUCAUAAAAUUGUUUUAUGUAAAAUACGGAUGUAAUCGGGUGGAAGGGAUGAUCGAGGCUAUUAUACAUUUCAGACUUAUUCACAAUAUGCCAAUCGAUGAGCUAGUUUGCAUGUUGAUAGAUGGAAAAAAUCGAUGGUACAUAAACUUCAAUCUACUCAAGGAAUAUCCACAGUACGAGAGAAAAUGCCUUGUAACUUUCGCAGAAAUUAUUUCAAAAAAUCUUGAUAGGUGGCUAAAACAUGAAAUCGAUUAUACAAAAAACACCUUGUGCCAAUUCAUCGUGGCAAUGUACGACUUUAACGACAGAUGCAAAAAAUCGGGUACGAAGAUAGAGCGUAUGACGAUUAAAAGCUAUGAUUGGCUACUAAAUGAUAUAGGCGCAUUAAUAUCAUUCGACAACAAAUUCCCUUUGGAUGCGCAGAAUAUAUUGAAGAUAUUGCAAAAACAAGAACCGGAAUUGUAUCGCACCUUGAACCCCCAGAAGAAGAUCGCGGACAUGAUAAAGUCAGGCGAGGCGCUCGCUCUAUUGAAGCAAAAUCCGCAAGAUAUACUUCGACAAUGGAAACACUAUUUGGUGAAAUGCAAGGAGCAGCAUUGGUGCAAGCAGGUGCAACGUUUCGUCAGAGCCACGCGCUGGUAUGAGGACAUACCCAUCAGAUUUGUCGAGAGUUGCAUGAAUGAUUUGCAUUAUUUGCACGGACAUACAGAAUAUAAAGAUACGAACAAGAUGACUUCUACCUUGACUAUCCUGGCAAUACUACUUCACGGUGACACGCUGACAAAACUGAUAGAACCCCUCGUACCUACGGAAACAACGAUUGAUGCCAGUCAUCCGGACACCAGCAAAAAUUACGAACUCGUGCGUCAUUUACCAACGACCAUUAGACUUUCCAAUCCGCCAGUACCUCUCGAACUCGUAGCCAAAUUAUGCGAAGGAGAUUACUUAUCGAUAGCGCUGAUGACGCUGACAAAUGUGAGUAGGCGAUCUUGUUUGCCGAAAGUAUUGUCGUUCGCGCGCAAGUUGUAUAAAAUGCGCGUCGGCGCGCGGAAGCACGGGGUCAGGCUGAUGUAUCAAAUAGCUCCCAUGGACGAGCUUACCGAGUUUCUGCGAGAGAUGUGGACUCUCGAGAGUCAUCAUUCCAUACGACAAGUUAUAUUCGAGGCGGUACAGAAACUCUUGUCUAUGGCACCAAACCCGGACAAUUGGUCUCUAUAUUGCUUAAUAACUCACACGAUGCAUCUCAAAGAUGAAGCACUACUUUCGCAAAUGAAACUUCUUCCCAGCAUUCCCAAUGAAUAUGUCUCUAAAUACUUUGAAAUAUGGCUCGAAGUAAUAAAUGAUCUUGAAUUGUUAGGAUUGGACGCUCAGAAGACGAAUAAAUAUAUAAUCAAUUUCCUGGGAGAGAUUACCGCGCCCGUUUGCAAUCUUCUGUCCGAAAAUUUCGCUCAAGAUAUAAUGAAAAAAUAUUUAUUUAUCGUCGAUGUUGAUUUAUCCAAGGCUGCGAGACGUUUCUCGAUGUUAUAUCUUUUCCCGGAGGAUGAGACUAAAUUUACAGUACAUAGCAAAGAAUUCAUCGAUAUCUUUCAUUCCAUACUUAAGGCGCAUUGGAACACGACCCAUCCUAAAAAAUCACGUUUCUUUCCGUACAAUAACGCUGUACAUUUAUUUGUGGAAGAUUUCGUGGUUAGCUACGUCAACAGAUUUUCCUCAAACAAGUCUACCGAUAUGCAAUUCGUCGACGAUAUGCUCAAGAUAUUUUCAUCCGUCUUGGUACCUACGCAGGACGUGAGAUCUUAUUUGCUGUUAACCUAUACGAAAAAACUGCAGGAGUGCACGUCAACCAAUAAAUGUUUCGGCCUGCAAUUCGGUCUACACCUGCCGGAAUUAAUCAAGAUUUUCUCGUCAUCAUUAGUGCAUUUCAUGGCCAAGAUUCUCGAUCAUUUCCUGGAUCGUGUAUUUGAAGAUCAUACCAACUUGGAAGAAUUCAAGCUUACUGUCAUAGAAGGCCUUAUUAAAGCUGAUAACACGGAUUCCUGUUUCAUGGCUGUGACAAUGUUAUCGCCGGUGACUUUGAAGAAUCUUGCGACAAGAUACGAUCAGCUCAUCGUAAAGUUUCAAGAAAUGAAAAAUCCUGCUAUCACUAGCGUUUUAUAUGAUCAUUUGAAUGUGUUGGACUUCAAAAGUAUCAUAUUCGAUUAAACCGAUCGAAUAUCGAAUGGAAUAUCAAAUGUGAAUUUUAUACGCAAUUUGCUCCGCUAUAGUAUUUUGCAAAUAUAAAUAGUAAUACUUUAUUAUAUACAUAUAAUUGAUAAUUUCAUUGCAAAUAUUUUUAUAUGUGUUAAAAAGGUUCGUGCGCAAAUUUCUCUUUAAGAAACGCGCGCGCGCGCGCCCACAGACACACAGACACACACACACACACACACACACACACACACACGAAGUGGUCAUAAAUAAAUUUUAGAAGAAACCGUUUUUCUUUCUAUUUUCAGAGGUUUAAAGUUUAAGGUUUUUAAUGGACAAUUUUUUUAGAGACGGAAAACCUCGAAUAAAAUAAAGGAGUUGCUAGUUAAUUUUAUGUAAAACAGAAAAAAUAAAAAGCACCAUGUUCCAAU